AUGGCGCGGUGGCGUCGUGGCGCAACUGCAGCGGGGCUCCUUGUCCUUUGCGCCGCCUGGCUCUUGGCCUCGGGCGCCCGGGCGGCGGAGGAGGAGGAGGCGGCAGCAGGCGGCGGCGACGCGGGGCCCCCGGAGCGGCGUUCCUCCUGCUACGGCGCCUUCGACCUCUACUUCGUGCUGGACAAGUCUGGAAGCGUCAAACAUCACUGGAUAGAAAUCUAUUCCUUUGUGGAAAGUCUGGCAGAAAAGUUCCUGAGCCCAAUGCUACGGAUGUCUUUCAUCGUCUUUUCAUCGCGGGGGGUCACGGUAAUGAAGUUGACCGAAGACAGGGAAGCCAUCCGACGGGGCCUUGCCAUUUUACAGCGAGAAAUGCCUGGAGGUGACACGUUCAUGCAUGAAGGCUUGAAAAGGGCAAAUGAACAGAUUUACCAAGAAAACCAUGGAGGGCUCCGAACGGCAAGUGUGAUAAUUGCUCUGACUGACGGGGAACUGCAAGAGGCUCAGUUUUAUUACGCCGAGAAAGAAGCUGACAGAGCCAGGGCCCUCGGAGCGAUUGUCUAUUGUGUCGGCGUGAAGGACUUCAACGAGACCCAGCUCUCAACCAUCGCAGACAGCAUUGAUCACGUCUUCCCUGUCACGGGAGGCUUUUAUGCCCUCAGAGGGACCAUUGAUUCUAUUCUGAAGAAGUCUUGCAUCGAGAUUCUGGCUGCUGAACCGUCAAGCAUCUGCGCCGGAGAAUCCUACCAAGUGGUGGUGAAAGGCAAUGGCUUUUACCACGCAAGGAAUCCCGAGCAAGUCCUCUGCAGCUUCAAGAUCAACGGCACGCUGACACUCAAUGAAAAGCCGACCGUUGUUCAAGAUACGUACUUGCUGUGCCCUGCUCCUGUAUUGGAAGAUGUUGGACAGGUGGUUUACCUGCAGGUCAGCAUGAACAGUGGCCUGACAUUUGUCAGCAGCUCCGUCAGCAUCACCAGCACACGCUGCUUCAGCGGGACGAUCCUCUUCAUUGCCCUGUUAAUUCUCUUCCUGCUCGUGGCCUUGGCUCUCCUCUGGUGGCUCUGGCCUCUCUGCUGUACUGUGGUCAUCAAGGAGCCCCCGCCUCCGCCACCCCCAGAGCCGGAGUCAGACGACGAAGAUGGGUUGCCGAAGAAGAAAUGGCCGACAGUGGAUGCAUCUUACUAUGGAGGGAGAGGUGUCGGGGGCAUCAAGAGAAUGGAGGUGAGAUGGGGGGACCGAGGAUCGACAGAGGAAGGGGCAAAACUGGAGAAGCCCAAAAACGCAGUCAUCAAGUUGCCGGAACAAGAAUUUGAGCCGUGGGAGCCCAAGCCAAAGAAACCUCACGUGCGGAAGUUGCCCUCCCAGAGGAGAUGGUACACCCCCAUUAAGGGCAAGUUGGAUGCCUUGUGGGCUCUGGUUCGGCGGGGUUACGAUCAAGUGUCUCUCAUGAGACCCCAACCCGGGGAUAAGGGACGAUGCAUGAACUUCACGCGGGUGAAAUCAGAUGGGAACAUCGUUUCAUACAGUCCUUCCCAGAAGCCGUCGAAGCCCCGUCCCGUCUACAGAGCGGCCCCCAAUCCAUCCUCUCCGGGACCCGCCCAGCCCCCUCCCCCCUGCAGGCAGCUCCCGCCGGGCCCUCCCCCUUCAAGGCAGCCGCCGGGGCCGCCUCCGUCCCGCCCUCCACCCCAGCUCCAGGCCCCCAGCAUGUGA